GAGAUGAAUGUUAUCUUAAUUUUUUUCGAACCCCUUUUCAAACUCGGCUUGUUUAAUUAUGCGCAACUUUUCAGGGAAUCUAUGCCUGAUGCGUAGGAAGAGAGUGUGUUACAUUUGUAACAUUCCAUGUCAAAUAUUUGGAAAAAGACGUGAGUUCUUGGGCGAUCACUCCUUACGGCAGUCAUGUUCGAAACCGUCCACCGAUACGAUCGCAUGAAUUUUAUCUACGGCUCGAUAUUGAGCUUGUGUCACUGGUGAAAUAACAUCUUUAGACACAACACUAACUAAAUCAAACAUACGACAUUCGGUUUCAUCUCAGGGCUCCUUUAUUAUUACAGCAAUUGUGCUCAGGCUAGUGUUAAUGCAUUGCUUUUGCACAAAACCACGUGAUUCAAAUCAAAGGAACUGUUCACAUGACUUAGAGAGCAGAUAUGCUUUCGAAAAUUCCUCGAAAUAUUAUCCUCUUUACAUAUUCCAAAUAACUGUUUCCUGAAAUGAAAAUGUCUUGACAUGUCAAUUCUUUAAAAUUUAGACCGUUGUGGUUUAUAAGAAACUCAUAAUUAAAUGUAACAAACUUUGUCUCUCUAUAAUUUUACUACGUGUUGUUCGAUAAUAAUAUCCCUGAACGCUAAAUGCUCGCGCAUAAUGAAGUACUUUAUAACCACCGUACAGAUAAUUAAAACGCCAUGGAAGAAAAAGAUAUAUGUACAGGCUGAAUCAAAAGAGUAAAUAUGAGCGGAGAUUUCUAAUAUAUCACCGAUUAAAAAGCUUUUGAGGAACCGCGACCGGUGUUAAUGUAUAUGAGAAAGUUACUUGUGGUAAUUCAGUCAAAGGAAUUUGUGAAAAGGCGGAAAGACAGUUACUUAGAAAGUGACGAAAUAAAAACAGGAUAACAGAGAAUCAUGGUCCCUUAGGAUUUGCUUUGUAAAUAUACCUUAUCUUUCUCCAGUUUAAAGGGGCCUUCUUAAAUUACCACUAGUCAACCUUACCGGAGUACUAGUAACACGAACAAAAACCUAACCUCCACAGAAUUCCUGUACCUGAAACGAGACAAUAUGAGUCUUGUUAUAGAGUUACACGUUAUCGCGUGUUCGUAGACGAGGGCAGAGCUUUAACUGAAGCUAAAAUUCGGCACACACUUCAACAUUCAGUUCACUCAGCCCACCCUAGCUAGUCUGAAACUUGUUCUUCUUCCAAGCUGUCUAACGUUUACAAGAGCCGAAAUGUUUUCUUAAAAGUGUACAGUGUUUGUUGACCUUCAUUUUCUGCUAGUUAUUGUUAAUGCUAAUAUCAUUCAAAUUGCUCCCCUUCUUCUUAUUGGAUCUUAUUGUGCAAAUGGCUUUUCUAAUUCUGCGGUAGAUCUCUGCGCUAAUUAUUCGUUUAGUCAUAUCAUCGCGGCUAAACCUGUCAUGAAAGUAAAUCCCUCACGUCUCACUGGACUUCUGUCAAUCGCGACAUUGUGAGGGCGACGCACUUGAAUAUUGACUUGAUGCGGCAGAUAAGAACGAGUCGAUCAAAUCGCGCGCCUCACCUGAGUCAGAUUUCACCGCCAAGUGGAAGUUAAUAUCACUCAUAUCGUGUUGAAACAGAUGCAAGUAACCAACUCGCAGCGCUCUCACCGCCGCGAAUCCGACAGUUGCCAUUUGUUCAGCUGCGUGUGAGAGAUUAGUGCGGUUUCAAGAUUUAUUUGAUGAUAGCAGUCCGUCGAAAUCAAACGCCAGAGAACUGAUGCGUUCAUUCGUCUCACAUCAUGACUUCAGUUAAGCCUUCUGAGUUCGCUACCAGCGUAACGUGGAGAAACUCUGUGGCUGUUUUUGAAAUGACGUCCUCCGCGACGGUUCCCCCCAGCAGAACUGAAGUCCCCGAGCCGUAUAUUUCGCUGGUCAUUCGCUUAACGCUUUCUGUUCUAAGUUUGCUGCUCAACUUGGCCGGAAAUGUUCUGGUGUGUGUGGCUGUGAGAAAAACGCGCAGGCUGCGAAGUUUCAGAAACUACUACUAUGGCCUUUUCCUAAUGAGUCUGGCAAUUGCCGACAUGGCGGUUGGUUUAGUAUGCAUGCCCUUCAUCUUACUCUAUUACGAGACCGGCAAGUAUCCGUUUGGAUUUUUCGGCUCCACGGCAGUUUGUAAGCUCAUUCCAGCCCUGAGCUUGCUGUGCCAGGGUGCGUCGAUCUUCAGUCUUACAUCUCUGACACUCCAACGAUUCAUGGGCAUUGUUUAUCCAAUGAAAGCUAAAUUGACCCUCGGGAAGGUCAAGUUGCUUCUCGCACUAGUUUGGUUGUGUGCUUUUCUGUCCGCCUUGCCUCAAAUCAUUGUCAUGGACGUUAACCAGACAGUGCAGGGUGAAGACAACAAGUUCAGCUGCGAGGAAAAUUGGGGCAAGCACCACACUAUUUUAGUAGAAGGGUACACCUUAUACCUCUUUAUAGCCGAAUACCUCCUCCCUCUCGUCAUAAUGGGGGUCGCCUAUGGUAAAAUGGCCACGGUUCUAAAUAGAAGGGAUGAAGACUUCCAGGGCAGGAAAUCUACCACGUCCAGAACCAAAGCAGGGCACAAGAAAUUCAUUCGUCUGCUGAUCGUGUUGAUCGUGAGUUUUGCUCUGUGUUACCUGCCCAAUCAUUUGCUGUUUUUCUGGUCAGAUUACGGCUCCGGAUAUAAAAAUCCCUACUUCACCAUAUUCAUGAAGUAUUCUCAUUUCUGUAUAUGGCUUAACAGCUGUUUAAACCCGUACCUUUACGGCGCGCUCGACGACUACUUCAGACAAAGUUACAAGAAGGCGCUGCGCCGGUGCGCCAGGAUCGAGGGAAAAGCGAGAAAGACUCACGCUCGCUUAGCACGACAAUUAACUAAAAUAUACUCGUUUAAGACACCAUCUACGGCCGAUCCGGAUUCUUCAGAAGUAGUGGAUGAAAGCUGAAAGUUCGGGCGGAUGGGAAGACUCAUACUACUUUUAUUUCCAGAUGGGUUAUGCAAUUUUUACAAACUGAGGACGAAGCCCUCUUGAAUUUGUCUUGGGCAGCAAAGCAACGACUUAAGAGCCAAGGAUUGUUAUCCUUAGAAGUGAGACGAGAGGAAUUUACUUCAGAUCGUCGAAACUAAAUGUGGCUAGGCUUGUUAACGAGAAGACCAACCAAUAGCUCUUUUGGCAAGCGCUCCUUGUAAAGGGAACACUAAUUUGCAGUUUUUAAUUAUCAUUUAAGCGUUCAACUGUUUGCAGUCAUUUUUGGAUAAAUAAUUAGGCGUUAAAUACUCAUUCUUAUUAGUUGUGUUAAGUUCUGCAGGGGUUCUGCCCUGAGAGACAAUUUUUCGCUUAGCGGUUCCGUCAAGAAUUGUCGUGGUCGUAAUGACCGCUUCGCGUCUUUGUCGACAUGUUUUACUUCUCGUGACAAGUUCUUAUUUAAGCUUCGGCAUUCUUGUCAUUAUUGUUCUCAUGUCGAUUCAAAACUCCUUGCAGGGUUGUUGUCCUGUGAUUAUUUGUUCAAGUCAGAUUGUGAUUCUUGGAACAUCCGGUGUCAAUGAGUUAGCAUUUGCUUAUGUACUCAUUCCAUUAACGCUAAGGCGCUUCCGAACUGACCUCGCCACAGGAAAUUUGUAACACGUAGAAACAACAGAAAGCCAAAAGCACCGUGCGAAUUCAAUUCAAGAAGAGAUAGUCUAAAAUGAACAGACGAAAACAAUUGAAAUGACAAAACACGACGACAAAGGAAAAUGUGAGCACUAGAUAACGUACAGUUUAAUUUGACAUCGAAAUAAUUUGACAGUCUUUAAUAGUUUCCAUCAUUAGACCCCUGUGUGCACUUUACGGGCUGUAAAAGCUUUCGAUUCUACAGGUCACGUCAACGAUGUACUAAGAGGCAUCAUUUCAUGCUCUCAACAAAACAGAAAGCUAUAUGAGCAGAACAAGUGGUCGUUAUACUCAUGCCUGUAAAGCCUUCCGUCGAAGAACAGAAAGGUUUCGGCAAUUAGAGAAAUUUUGGCGAGAAUUGUCACGACUUAAGAUUUAAGAUAAAAGACACUCAAACUAGCAACAAUCGCCUUUCAUUAGUUAAUUGACUUAAGUUUUAAGAAGAAGCAAAUUUUGGAGUUUAGUUGACUGGGGUCCAUUCCGCGGUAGGGCUCAAACACGGGAGCUGGAAAGAGGUAGAGGGCAGACUGCAUGUAUAAUAGGAGACAAUUUCAUAACAAGCAGAAUAGAGUUUGGAUUGAAUUUCCAAGCUUAUAUGUAUAUAUUUAGGAGAGUUUCAGCAGGGUCUUAGAGCACUUUGUGCUAAACUGAGAAUGGAGCGCUCGCACAUGUAUCUGGGCCUUGUUCCGCUAGAACGUUUAAGUAUACAAUUACGAAUCAGACUACUAGUACAUCUACGUAGUUUUAUCUUCAUAAUUGCGAAAUAACUCGUUGACAUGCAAGCACACUCUUUCAGAUUAAAAUCGCUUGGCCUCAAACGCCCUACAAAUUGGCUACAUUGAUCAUAAAUGCCAGUUUAUUCAGUGCACUCUUCGCGUAAAAUGAUUUAGCAUCUGGGGGGGCUCGCGUGAGAGCAAAACUAUCAGGCUAUGUUAUUUACGCGUUUCAUGAGUGUUUCAAACGAGAAUUCAUUUUCAACAAAAACCUAUGUAACCUCUGUUUGAGUAGGCAAAAUCAGAGGCUAUGCAUAGUUGUAACUAUUAGUGUAGCGAUCACCAAAUCAAACUUAACCAGGCCUUACUUACUAAUCUAAUUAAUCAGGAUAAUGUCUUUAAAAUGUGAUGAGAGCUUUAUUUUUCCUUUUCGUUUUGUUAUUGCAAGGCUCGUGACAUAUCUGAGUGAAACCGUUUCUUUGAAAAAAUAGUGAAAUAAAUAUAUGUUUAUGCA